AUAGCAUCUUAUAAAGAAAAACAAUCUAAAGAUACUUUGUUGCAUCUUGUGGCACGGUUACCACCUAUGAAUCGUCAACAAGUUGGAUCAGGAGCAGCACUUCAUAUGCAAAAAGAGCUCCUUUGGUUCAAGGCUGUUAAAGAAAUAGUUCCUCGUUCAUACAUCGAAACCAAAAACACUAAGGGCGAACUAGCGCAUGAUAUAUUCACGGAACAACACGAAAACUUACGCAAAGAAGGAGAGAGAUGGAUGAAAGAAACCGCGACAGCAUGUAUGCUCGGAGCAACGCUGAUAGCAACUGUGGUCUUUGCAGCAGCCAUUACUAUACCAGGUGGAAAUGAUGAUUCAGGUGACAAAGCAAAUACGUUGGGCUUCCCAAAUUUUAGAAAGAGAUUAUUGUUCGAUAUAUUUACCUUAUCAGAUUCGGUUGCCCUCUUCUCAUCGAUGAUGUCUAUCGUGAUAUUUUUAUCGAUCUUCACUUCUCGGUACGCAGAAGAGGAUUUUCGUUAUGAUUUACCAACAAAGCUUAUGUUCGGACUUUCGGCAUUGUUUAUCUCGAUCAUCUCUAUGAUUCUUGCCUUCACCUUCUCGAUGAUCUUGAUCCGUGUUGAAAAAGCUUCCUUGAGCUUAGUCCUCAUCUCUUGCCUUGCUUCUCUCACGGCUCUCACGUUUGCUUACUUGUAUUUUCACCUUUGGUUUAACACUCUACGCUCAGUCUAUAUUUCUAUGUUUCUCUUCCUUGGACGUAAAAGAGGUAUCCGUAUCUUCGUCUAAAGAUAUAGAGUCCUCAACGCUCUGAAUUGUACUAUAGAUAUUUGUAUCUUGUGUAUUUGUUUUCUAUUCACUGAA